GCGAGCUUUCAAACGCGAGGAGUUACUUGUCGAGUAGCACACAGAAAGUAGCUGAGUGUUGUAAGUGUAAAAACAACAAUGCCUCGUCCUUGCGCAUAUCCCAACUGUAGAAACAAAAUGUCGCGCUACAACCCACGGAGCUUUCACAGACUCCCCUAUUCUGACAUGGAGACGCUGAAGUCGUGGCUAGUUGUGCUACAAAUGGAUGCUAACACUCCUGUAGCCACACUGCGCCUUGCCGACUAUCGGGUCUGCGGUGAUCAUUUUGACCGGGAUGACUACUGCCAGACCAAGAAGACACCCAAUCCUAAGCUCCUUCGCCUAAAGAAAAAUGCGGUUCCAAGAGUGGAGGUUUCAGAAGCAUCCAGCUCUGUAGCGAUGGAGGUGAUGGGGCUCCAGAGGGGGUUGAAUCACUUGCUGUGUAUGGACGUGGAUGUUGGUGUUAUGACCACAGACAGAUCACCAUCCAUCGGGAAAGUCAUGAGUGAUACUGACACCAAUAUCCACCACAAAUUCAACCCCUGGCAUGCCUGCAAGAGGGAGGCAACCAUUGAUCCAGAAAGUCCAGACUUUGUUCCCUCUUUGCUCACUUACCCAAGUGAGAGCCAGUGUAUGGAGGCUCCAAAAAAACUGGACAGGUUCAUUAGGAAGAGAAAGAGAAAGAGAAAGCGGUCUGAAACCAUCAGCAACUCCUCUCUGGCUGACACAUCGGACUCUAUCACUGCAGCUCAGGUGUCUUCCACUGUGGAGCCAACAUCAGACUCUCAGCCUCCAGACUGUCAAGAGGAGCUUACUGACUGCUCGGUGGCCUUCACUGCGACUAUCUCGGACCACACUGACACCUCAAGCUCCGCACCUCCCGCUGACCCACCUUGCCGCUCAGUUCACACACGUUGGAUGGACCCUACACGACAAGAUCAUGAUUAUUGCAAGAAGGCCAAUGGAAAAGAUGUGCGCGAUAAGACGACUCAGGUUGAUGAGUUUGGGUACUUCAUUCUUCAAAAUGACGCGGAUGCUUUGCUCCACACUGGUAUACUCUUGGAAACAUUUAACAUCCUUGUGUCAACACUUGAAGGACAUGCUUACAGUGUGUUUACGCUGUCUGUGCGAGAUCAAGUUCUCAUGACACUUAUGAAAUUAAAGACCAACUGUGAGACAGACGAUCUGAGCAGACAGUUUUAUGUGUCACAGGGCAUGGCUAGCAGGGUAAUCUCAUAUUGGAUUGACAAACUGGACCAAGUUUUGCGACCUCUAAUUCCAUGGCCUCCAAAAGAAACUCUUCAAGCAACCAUGCCCGGAGCAUUUAAGAGGAACUUUCCGGAUACGACAUGUAUUUUAGAAUUCAGUCAGAGCCGGUUACAAAAACGCAAGAACCCUGAUUCGUAUAAGACAGUGAAAUACCAGGUGGCUGUCGCCCCAUGUGGACUAAUCAUGUUCAUCUCUGCAAUAUAUGAAAGGCGAUGCAAUGACACAUUCAUAACCAAGAACUCGGGAAUAUUAGACUUCUUAAAGCCUGGAGAUGAGGUCAUGGCAGUUCGAGGUGUCACCAUAGAAGAUUUGCUGUUUGAGAAAGAGGUUAAGUUGGUCGUUCCAUCUUUCACGGAAAAAGGUCCAGCUAAGGAACGGGUGAGAGUCAGUAGACGAAUAGAACGUCAAUUUGAAAGAGCAGUCGGACGUUUGAAAAUGUAUAAAAUCAUAUCACAGGUUCCGAACGCCAUGGCCCAGAAAAUAAGCAAGAUUCUGAGAAUAUGUGCUGCUCUUGUCAAUUUAAGGGAGGAUCUCAUGCGUGACUCACAUUGAUUUAUCACAGUGGUUCCCAACUGGUCCAGAUUUCUCCUGAGGCCCCCAUCACACAGAAAGCGUUUUGCAGGUUAAAUGCCGCUAGUAAAAAAAGAAUGCUUCCUGCAGCUUUUUUUUUUUUUUGGUUAGAAUUUCUAUGUAAUCAAUCGACCGUGAAUUUACUUAUUUUAUUAAUUUGACAGUAUCUAGUCCCUAAAAUGUUGAGGCAUUACCCU